GAGCUUGAGCUUAUUUAUAAAGACAUGGAUCCCAGCCAGCGCUCCCCUCCGCCCGUCCUUCCCUGCGGCAGCUGGCGGGAACUGAUGUUUGUCCGUCCUGUCCGUGAGGGUCUUGGGCACUGGAGCCACUUGUCUGUUUUUUUCCGAAGGGUGAACACUUUUCCCCAUGAUGUCAUUGUUCCUGCUGUCAGCCCUUUGUGCCCAGCCUGCCUGUGCGCCUGGAUUGGGGUAGAAAUAGUUUGGUGCCUGUUCUUAGCACCGUGGCUAAGCUACAGCUUUGGGCCUGAGGUUUCUACUCAUUCUCCUGCAGCCGGGCAUUUCUGGGGACGUCUCAAGUGGACAAAGCGGUGUUAAAUGUCCCAUCUGUUCUGCCAAGGGGGUGUUUGCUCCCCCUCUCACCAGCGCCUCGCAUGCCAGCGUCUGCCGAGCUCCUGGGGCUGAAAGCUCCUGGCCCCACCUUGAGUCUGCGUUCCGUCAGGCUGAGGGCAGCGCCGGCAGCUCACCCGUCACUGUGGCGUGGGCAACACAGAGUGGAGGGUACAGACCUCGGCACUUUUUAAUUACUCUUUAAUAAAAUGACAGUUUAGCUCAAGUAGGAUGUGUGCCAGUGGCCUCUGAGUGCAGGGCCCUGUCCCUACGCAAUCCCAGGCUGCACUGAAGUGACCAGGAUGCCAUUAAUGGUAGCCAGGAUGCUGCCAUUGCUGCUGUGGUGACUGAUGCCAUGACAGUAGCUGGCAUACAGUGAGGGUAACCAGGAUGGCACCACUGCAGUAACUAGGAGGCUGUUGUUGUUACCAGGAUGCCGUUGCUGCCCAGGUGUUCCAUUAACACCCUGGCCGUUGCAGGGGGCCGUUGCAGGGUCCCUGUGGCACUGGCCAUGGCAGUACCGAACAGCCAGAGCUCCUCACUGCAGCGGGAGGAGGUCCAGGCGAACUGGAAUGCUGGAGCAAGGCUCCUGAGGAGCUGGCAGGGGGCCAGGGAGCACCCAAAGUGUUGGGCAUCAUCCCUUGGGGUGCUGCAGAGGAUCAUGGAGUCACGGCUGAAGAAGCAUGUGGAGCUGGAGCUGCACCUUGCAGGCAGGGAGCAGGCAGCGGUCCGCCGAGACGCCCUGUGCCAGCUCGUCCUGGAUGAGCACCUACAGCACCAGCAGGAGCUGUGCCAGCAGGGGAAAGCCUUCUAUGUGGAGCGGCUCUGAGUGCUCAGCCCAGCGUGUGGCACUGGCCUGGCAUCGCCCAGCUCCUGACUGAGAAUAAAACACGUUGAGCAAGA